UCCAACCAAAUCUUACUUCCGAGUCACUCUCGAAACUCACCGUAGGUAUAGCUUAUCAGAGAAAAGCAAUUAGCAAAGCGUGGUAUUUAAAUCUUCCUAUAUAUAUAAUCUGACACAAGCCGCUCUUGAUAACAGUUCGUAAAGUUGCACGAUAGAUCGCGCAUCGGAAUCAACAUGAAAUUGUUGUCCAUUGUAGUGAUUGUAGUGGUCGUUGAGGUGUUUGAGAUUGCGGCAUUGCAUGGGAAUCCAUUCGAUGUGAUCAGAGGUUGUAAGCAGUACGACAAAGUUGAGCCCUACGAUGCAGCGCUUACAUACUUCCCGACAACGAGUCUGCUCCACGUUGGCCAAACCGAAAACUCUAAGUACUUUAAAAUUGCAAUCUUAGGACCGAAUGAUGGGCAUAUUCGGUUCGGGAAUUCCUUAUAUCCAUACGAUAAGUAUGUGAUAGAGAUUGUACUCGGAGGAUGGGUAAAUACCAAAAGUGUAGGACGACACCAAUAUCGUAAAGCCUCGAAUGCGAACAACAAUUCCCUGCUGGUAGAGGCACAAACACCGAAUGUAAUGUCCCAGUUCCAGCCCAUCAUGUUCGUGCUGGAAGUGUUCAACAAUGGAACGGUACAAGUGAGCAUCGACGGACAAGAUCAUCCUUUCCUGUCGUUCAACGAUAGUAAGCGUAUUCCUGCUAAUUAUAUGGCGUUCACCAAAUGGGACAACGAUUUGAUUUACUUCUACGAUUGUCCUCUGGAGGAUGUAAACGGUUCGCACGAUUCCUUGCUUUUGAACUGCACUGUUGUCUAACAAUCGAUAAACCAAGGGAUGUUCCAGCUGCAAAGUAGGUGCUUCGUUAUCGGUAUGCGUGCAAUGCUAAAUACAGAUCACCACAUUUAA